AAGGUGAGAAAAUAAAGCCACACCCCACGUAUUUACUGGUGCUUCGGCUUCGCUGGCUCCGCCCUUUUGACUCCUGAUUGCUUGUGCUGACUCCUCCCAAGAAGUCUUAAGCCACACCUCGCCGCUUGCGCAUUCUCUGCGACAGCCAAUCUGCGUCUAAGCACCACCCAAGCCGAUAUACGCAUUGCUUGUGCUUUCUGCUCGCCUGGUACGGAUUGCGCACUCUCCGUGACUGCCUUUUUGGAGUCAGGCUGUGCCGCAGACACACAUUUACACACUUCAUAAGCACUGCUCGCCUGGUACCGAUUGCGCACUCAGUAAUUUUGCAGUAGAAUUCCUAAGUAGCUGUUUGCGCAUUCCUCACGCUCGCUGCUCGCCUAGUACCGUGGUUCACUCAAAUGAUACACUCUACACUGAAUAGAGCUAUGUCGGACCCGGAUAUGUCUAUCUGUGUAUCGGAAGAAAAUGUUUCGCCGCUGAAUGCUGUUUUCGAUCGCCGGCGCAGACCUGUACAGGGAUCGCCGUCACAAUGGGACGCUUUUAAAAUGGAGAUGAGGCAACUUAUAACUACCUUCAUAACUUCGCAGAGGGAGGAGUUGACUCAACUUAACUCAACAAUGAAAGAAAUACAAGACACAAAUAAAAACAUAGAGUUGUCUCUGACGUAUGUAACUGCUCAGAACGAAGAACUAAAGCAGAAAAUUAAUAAACUGGAAGAAUUUUCUAGGGAAGACAGGGAAUGCUUGAUAUUUUUGGAAGAUAAACUUGACGAUUUACAGCUUGCGUAUCGUAAGACUAAUUUUGAAAUCAAGGGAGUACCUAGACAAGAGUCUGAGACAAAACAAGAUUUAAUUGAAAUGGUAGUUACGCUGUCGGAGUCUGUAAACUGCAAAAUCAGUAAAUCAGAUAUUAAGGACAUUUAUAGAGUUAGGGGUAAAAAGCCGGAGCAGAAAAAUACUCCGAUUGUAGUGGAAACUGGUUCGGUCUUGUUGAAAACCGAUCUCCUGAAAAUGGCUAAAACCUUCAAUAUAAGGAAUAAAACCAAAUUAUGUGCAAAGCAUUUAGGGCUGAAGACGCAAGAAGAUACACCGAUUUUUGUCUCAGAGAAUUUAACGCCAAAAACUUCACGCCUUCACUUCUUGGCUCGUGACUUGGCCAAGUCCAAAGGAUACAAAUUUGUGUGGACUUCCUAUGGUAAAAUUUAUAUAAGAAGAAGUGAGCAGUCGCCGAUCAUUAUGAUAAAAACUGAACAACAGAUAAAAAUCCGUCAUGUGUCUCGGAUACCGCUCGAAUCUGGAGUCGCAGCAACCGAUACAACAUUGCCUUCUCAUCGAUCUCAUCCUGAACCAUUACUGGACUUCAAAGUUAGCUCGCACUAUGAAGAAUUACAAAACUCUGAAACAUUGGAUAUUUCUUUAAAUGACUACCUAAGUAGUUUAUAGACUUAUUGGUAAAACUGCUAGGUAGGGAAGUAUACCCACCCCGUGAGCAGUAGCGGCGUUAAGGGGGGCAGGGGGCGCGGCAACCUUCUCUCUCUUCGUGUGAAGAGAUGGCGCUGCCUUGCAACUUAAGAAAGGCUAGCAAGAAUUCGACACGGCCAUAAGGGCCGCGGUAGCAUAAUGGCCAGUGCAUUCGCCCGGAUAGCGAA